AUGGCUAGUGUCGUUCCAACUUCCAUUACUCAGCAUCAUUGUCUUGAUUCAGCAGCAGAGCGACUCAGUGGUUGUGCUGAACUGGUUACCAUGAUCUUGAAGAACAUGAACGAAAAUUUAUCAGACGGUUCGCGUGCCAACGACUGGAAGGAUGUACGAGGGUUGAUGUCUUUGUCAAAGAUAUGGUGGCUCACUGGGCGUGAAAUUCUCUUCCGAACUCGAGUUGUUGGGAGCAAACGACAAAUACGCAAGCUCUCUGAUUUCACGAGGGCAUCCAAUGGCAUGUAUCGAAAGAUGUGGAAGGUCUUGAUAUACAACGUAAGUGAAUCGAACUGGAAAAGGCUGGGAGAAGAGAGUGCUUGGUGGACCGAUCCGUGGAUGCUGGCGGCACUCAAGAAUCUAGAUCUUUCGGGAAUUGAAGAAGUUAGGGUCUGCGGAGGGUCCUGCGAGAGCGACGGCUCAGAUGUCCACAGAAGCCUGGAUCCUUUGUACACGAUGUUUCAAAGGAUGCCCCUACUCUACAGGGUAGACUGUACGAAUUCGAACUUCCACACCGAUCAUGCCCAUCAGCUCAUCAGCAUGGCACAGUUCGUAGUGCCUGUGGCAGAGGAUGGGGAGAGAGAGGUGUCAUUUCGAGGAUGGAGAAUUUCGCACUUUCAAAAGCCAGAUCUGACGAUAGACCCAAUCUUCCCAUUGAAGCUGAGGCCUAGAAAAUUAAAUUGUACAGGUGCUCUUUUCGAUCAGCUUGGAGCCUCCUUCGCUAUUGAUUGUCAUAUGGUCAAGGAGGUUGUACUUACAGUUGGGGGAAUUUUUGAUCUGGAGAGCAUCAAAACCGGUAUUGAAUACUUUGACGGACUAGAAAAAAUGGAAAACAACAUAUAUCCAAUGAUUGAUCCCCUGGCCAACCUCAAGGAGCUCACAAUCACAGUAUUUACGAAGACAUGGGCAAGCUUGACAGGGGCUGGGUAUCUGCUUGCACUGCUCAUAUAUCCAAUGGAGUGGGAUAGCCUUGCUAUCCUUCGUCUGAAGAUGACGCCCAUGCAAAACCGCUCUGUCACAAAAGAACUUCAGAAUAGUGUUCAGUGGGAGCAGCUCGGUGAAUUCUUGAUGGACCGGCCAAGGUUCCCAUGUUUGUCCACUGUUGAAAUUAAUAUUGUGCGAGACGUUCAAGACGUGCUUCCUUGGAGUAAUGAGGGAGGGGAAGAUACCGAAGAUGUAUUAGGAUUAGUGGAGAUUGCGGCAAGGGAAAGGGUGACAAGACAGGUAAUUUUAGAUGGGUUGCAAGUUGUAAAGAUGGCAAGGGGAUUGGAUGUUUCUGUAAACUUCGAAAGGGAGAAAAUAUUUGGUGUAUAA